AUGGUGGUACCUUCAAAUUUGGCACCGUCUUCGCCGCGUCAUGGAUCGGCUACGUUCCCAACGGAUAGCAGCACACCUACCCCGCCGAGCUUAACAUCUGAAAGUUCGCCUGAAUCGUGUCAGGAGAACGAAGACCUGGAUCUACAACCUCCUGCGACGUCAGCGCUUCCCUCGCGACAACCAAGCUCUUCAUCAGCAGACAUUCUCCUUCCGGACUGGACGUCCUUUGCCACCCUGCCUAGCACUAUCAAUUCGUCUAUGGACGACCAAUACAUUGGGUCUGAUCGUUUUGGACAUCUCACACCCAGACUUUCCGAGUACCCAAACUCCCCCAAGGCGCAACCGGGCUCGUCACGAGACCCUCCAUGGCUGGACUCGGACCUCCCUCCCCAUUCAUGGCUGCACGACGAACCGCUUAUGCACCAAGGCUAUGCGUCCAGCUCUAGCCGAUCCUUUUAUUCGAUGGAACAGGAAAACGGUGACACCUGUGGGCCGCCCCAGGCGCUCACUGACAUUCCGUCGACAGAAAGUUUGCUUAGCAGCAUUACACCGUCUAUGAUCGCACCGUCGGAUACGUCCCUGCCAUUCUCGCCCUCCAUGAUGGCACAAGUACCUACUUCCGACGAAUCACUCAGUCUUUCGUCUGUGCGUGUCAUUCGCCCGCCCCGGAACCAUCUGCCGCCGCAAAUGAGAAUUAUCAUCAAUGGCGUGCCAGCUCAAGGUGCCAAGUCCCGCGUCGAGACACAGAUCCGCAUGCGCAUGGAACUUGUCGCCCCUGCCCCAACGAGCGACCCGGGUGCGCCAGUGGAAUGGGAGCGGAUCGGCUCUUUCGAUUACAUAAAAGUGCCGCCUCUUAGCGGCACCAAGCGUAAAUCGAAAAAAUACCAAAACCUUAAUGUGCCCGCCGAGUCUACGCUCGUGUUGGAGGCAGAAGUCAUCAAUGCCACGCCACCACAUGCCCGCGUUUUCGUGUGCAACAGCUGCCGCGAGCGCGAGCGCAAGCGAGCCGAUCGGAAGAAAACGAAGCAAUCAGCGGUAAACGCCGUGCCGACUGCAGAGGAAAUGCGCGCACUCAACAUUGAUCCCAAUGAUCCCAGCGCCAUGGAGGUCGCUGCGACGCGACUCCAAGAGGAGGAGCGUAAGCAUGCCGUCUUGUUCAACUGUGGCGACUAUAUCAGCUUCCACGAUGGCGAGGUGGUCUUGUCCACUCGUAUAACCUGCUACUGCCGUCACCACCGGGAGAAGGUUGGCUUCCACAUCGUGUUUACCCUGCGCAACUCCGAGGGUGACUUUGUCGCAGCUGGAAGCACGCCGCCAAUCAUGAUCAUGGACGACCACAAGUCGACGGCGCAAUAUGCGAACCCUACGCGCACGGCCGACAGUCGCUACAAGCAAACUGGGUCGGAGGAACCGUCCGUGUCGCCUCGCUCUGUCGAAGGUACAUAUCGCACUCGUGAGCGUCCAAAACCAUACGACGACCUGAUCUCCGCUCGUCGUCGUACGCGUCCCUUUCACGACGUGUCACAGUCGCCGAUGGACCGUUCGCGGAACUCGUUUGUCCUGAAGGGCACCCAACCCGUACCUGGCUUGGAUUCAACGCCUUCGCCACAGGGCGUGGACGGAGUGUCUACGCCCUCCCUGAGCCAGUCUCCGUUGACGGCUGUGCCGGAUCCUUCCUCACUGGCAUCUGCCAACAUGGGCCAGCUUUUCAUGCCACUGACUGUACCGUCAGGCAUGUUGGGACAGGCGUCGGAUGGGUCCGGUGCUACGGCGCCCAGCAUCACCAAGCUUGUACCCGCAGAAGGACCCACCACGGGCGGUAUUGAGGUCACCGUACUCGGUGAGAACUUCACUGAGGGCAUUCAAUGCGUUUUUGGCGAUACACCGAGCACACAUACGCGCGUCUGGUCUAGCACAACGCUGGUAUGCAUUUUGCCACCAUGUUUUCGACCGGGUCCGGUGAUCGUCAGUUUACAGGGAACGCCUGAUACACAUUCUGCAUCGCAGGAGUCGCAGUCAUUGCAGCUGUUCACGUAUAUCGACUCCACGGAUCGUGCCCUCAUGGAGCUGGCUCUCCAGGUGGUGGGCCUCCAGAUGACGGGACAGAUGGCAUCGGCUCGUGACAUUGCGAUGCGCAUUGUCGCUGCCUCUCAAGGGCCCGAUCAAUCGACCUCGUCGAACAGCACCAGUAUGCAAAGCACACUUGCGCCAGAUUCCAAGGAACUGCUUUCUAUGGGUCUUCGGCUCUACUCAUCCAAUGCUUCCAAGCUACCCAGCAUCCAGGACUCUUUGCUGGGCUUUCUGACGCUCUUGGACGUGGACAUGGAGCGUUCAACCCAGUCUAACGCCCUCUUUGCAUGCAAUCCGCGUGGUCACACGCUGCUGCAUCUGGCGGUCAUGCAUAAUCUCCACCGCCUCGUCGCGGAUUUGUUGCGUCGUGGCUGUCCUGUCAAUGCUCGCGACAUCAAUGGGUACACGGCCUUGCAUUUUGCUGCACUACAUGGAUGGGUCAUGGUGACAAAGCUACUGUUGCAGCACGGCGCAGAUCCCUUUGAGACUAAUGCGGAGGGAUUAAUUCCCGUGGAGCUUGCGCGGCGCUCGGAGAAGAUUGACGCGGAGCAUGUCCUAACCGACUGGGUCGGUGAUGCUCCGGCGUCUGAUUGUGGCGAUGAGACGUCCGACGAGGGUGACGACGACGACGACGACAGCAUGCAUGAUUCAUCAUCUGAGGGGGAUGCAGACAUCACCUUUAAGGAACUCGCUGAGCUUGCAAAAGCGAAGGCCGAUAAGAAAGAGGUCCUUUCCACACCCAAGGCCUCGUCUUGGAGCCUGAGUAACUUGCUCUCACAUUAUCGCUCGACCGAGUCCGGGUCACCCCUCUCAGACACAAAGUCACCGGGCCUCGUCCAUUCGCCGCCACCCACGUACGAUGAAGCUACGCUCGAUGAAGCAGGUGACCUCAACUACAUUGAUGGCGAGAAGCUGCUAACGGAUUCUGGCAUUGCUGAUUUGCACCGGAAGCGUGUAACUGUGGUACAGCCCAAAGCUCAGUCUACGCGCCGGGAACGCCGGGCCAACCGCCGGGCCAAGUAUCGCAUGGGUUCAGAGCGCGCUGAAGCCUCAAAAAAGACGAUUGUGCGUCCGCGACAGGGCCUUUAUGACGAUCCCAUGCUCCUUUGGUUCUGGAUCCCGUCAAUGCUCUUUGUGGUUCUCUUCUCCGUGGCCAUUCAGUUUGGCAUUGUGCCCCCUUUUCAAUAUGAGGGUUCUUUCAUCCAACGCUUUAUUGAGCUUGUCGCCCACAGAUAG